AUGUAUAUCAAAGGUUUACACAAUACAAAGCUUUAUCCAUUAAUGCAUAGAGACAUCAGAUGGCCAAACAUAAUUUUACAUAAUGAAAUAUAUAUUUUAAUUGACUUUGAAUUUGCAGAAUUUGCUCCACAAGAAGCUUUAAAUCAGCUCAAAGAAAAUGAACAUGCACAUGAAGUAUUGAGGGGUAGGCAUGAUGAAAAAGUUGACUUAUGGAACAUUGGACAUUUGAUAUUUUCAAGCAACACCCACAACAUCCCAACAGAUCUUUCCAAUCUAGCAUCAAAACUAUACAAAGAUGAUUCAAGUAGAUGA